AUGGUGCAUAGUGUACAGGUAGAUGGUAGAUCAGGGCAAUUUUACUGUAAAUUAGUGAUGAAUGCAUCAACAACUCUAAGUCCAAUCACUCCACAGCAAAACACUUUUGAAUCAGAUAAGAGUGAUACAAAUGAGCUCUCGUCCAUUGGCAAAUUGGAACAGGAUAUGAAGAGCGAAGCCCACUCGAACGUGUUCCCAGUGGUUCAGAAGGACACUAAAGUUAGUGGAUUGCUUACUUUUGAUGGGAAGAACGACAAGUCACCCUUCAAACCUACCGAAAAUGUAGUUAUAUCAAACAACAUCACCAUACACUCCGCUGCCAAUACUAGUACUGCUACCACCAGUUGUACUAGUCAGAUUCAUGACUUCAAACAGGUGCAAACUCACGUAUAUGCUGGUACACACAACCCUACAAUGCAGCUCCCGUCAAAUUUAUCCGCACAUUCGCAGAAUAUCAAAUUAUUCAAUCCAUCAUUGACAUCCAUAGCUAAAGGUACAACAACUAAAUUACCCUCAAAUAAUACCAUUGAAAAUGUUAUAAAUGUGACGCCCUCGCGUGUUAUAAUUGGCGAACCCUCUGGGAUUAUUGUAAAUGGAACGCCAAACAAAGUAAUCGCGGGGUCUCCAACUAAGAUAAUACUUAGUACUCCAAACAAAAAUAAUGCGCCUCAAUCAAAUAUAUCCGUUAACUCUAUUGGGAGUAUGGUACCAAAUAUUACAGUUAUUGGUGAUGAAAUAGGUUCACAAUUACCCUCUAUGACAAAUGCCCCUAAAUUACAAUCAAAUCAACACAUCAAUGUGCCUGAGCCUCAAACUAUUUAUUUGCCUCCACAGAGAUUUAUUUAUGACCCUAAAACUGCUAAAUAUAUCCCAUAUAGCGUUAAUGACACACAUUUAAGUUAUAUUUUGCCACCAACUAUUGGGCACGGUAGUAAUAUACCAUCAAGUCAAAUCUAUAAUAAUAUACCUGGGCAAAACAAUAAUAGUAAUAUACCAUCAAGUCAAAUCUAUAAUAAUAUACCUGGGCAAAACAAUAAUAGUAAUAUACCAUCAAGUCAAAUCUAUAAUAAUAUACCUGUGCAAAACAAUAACAGUAAUAUACCAUCAAGCCAAAUCUAUAAUAAUAUACCUGUGCAAAACAAUAACAGUAAUAUACCAUCAAGCCAAAUCUAUAAUAAUAUACCUAGGCAAAACAAUAACAGUAAUAUACCAUCAAGCCAAAUCUAUAAUAAUAUACCUAGGCAAAACAAUAACAGUAAUAUACAGGGGAGACCCUAUAUCAAUAUUCUUAAUGAUAUAAAUCAUACCAUACAUAAUGCAGGAUAUGUUAUACCAUCCACCAAUUUUACGCAUCAACCCAUUAAUCAAUCAAACCUAUAUCAACCUCAUCGUUUGGCAAAACAAAAUGAUAGCGUCGGAGGAAUUAUUGCCAAUGGGCUGACGAAUACUGUGAAUUUCGUUAGCAAAAUGUGCAAUCAUCAUGAUCAAUAUAUCAAUACAGAUAAUGACAUAUGGUAUGACCGUGAAGUAAAGAAGUAUUGGGAUAAACAAAACUACUCCAAUACUUACAAUCCACAAUACAACUUACCAUACAAUUAUUAUGCUGUGCACAAUACUAAACAACAACCACAAACCAAAGAAGCUCUGGGCUUUAAAUUUGAUAAACUAGACAAGGUUCCAGCUGCCCCUCAAAAGGCUAGUGACAUUUGUUACUCAAUAGUUAUCUACUACGAGAAUGAGGAAAAUGAAGCAAAAUUUAGAACUAGCAGACACCUGGCUUACAGCACUGAACAUAACUUUCUAAGCUGUGAUUUUCAAUCAGAAAUAGUUAGAAUACCAAUAAAGAAUUGUGAAUUCAUUCAUAUGAAGGUUCUUGAGCAUUUUGGCCCGCACGAAAGUGUUGUGGGUCGGAUCAAAAUGAAGGUAUCAACGCUACCAUCAGGACAUAUGUUACGGGUGCCUAUUAUGGGCGAUGAUGGAUUGCAUAAGGGGUCUGCCGUUUUUGAGUUUGCCCCCUCCCGAAUCUCACUAAAAGAGCUGGAGGCGAUAACUAUGGCCAGCAUGAGCUACGACCAGAAACUUGCCAACAACAAGUUAUCGCAAUAUAAAACUGGUGGUAGGAGGAAGGGUCAAAUCGUUACUCCUUUUUCAUUUCUAGUUGGUAACUUUGUUAAGUGGUGUUGUGAUGUUUCAGAGAUGUAA